AUGGACAAAGACUGCGAUAUGGUAUAUUUCAUUGACAUAUAUAAAUCUGAAGAAUUUAAGACCUACGACAACUUUGUUUCGUUAGUUGCUGAAUGUGUAUGGCAGAUAAGAGAUAAAGAUAGAAGAGGUAAAGUAUGGAACGGACAAAUAAAACCAGCAGCCUUUGAGUUAAAGAAAACCAUUUACGCCUUAGUCGUACUUGCAGGUAAGGUUUCAAUGUACAAUGCUAAAAUGAACCCACAAUGUUCAAAAUGUAAAGCAGCAAUGAGGAAAUAUAACUACUCCGUCAAAGAGAUAGAACGUAUGCGAAACGACUAUGCUGACUUAAAGAAAGAAGCAGAGAAACCAGCAGAAGAUAAAAUGGACAUGUUGACAUUUCUAAACAAAAACUAUCCAACUGCUGACGAUUUCCUUCUAUCUGACGUCAAGAAGAAAUAUAAAGAAACAUUCGGCAUUGUUAAAACUUUUGACAUACUGACAGAAGAAAUAGAAGCUACAAAACUGUUUAGGAUUUCAAAUAUACAUCGUACAAUUCAUGUAAAACGCUUAUAA